AUGAGAGACAGUUAUGUGCUUUCACAAUGCUGGGGCUCCUCCUACAGAUGUUCUGAACAGCUGUGCAUCAUAGCAAUUCAUUACUAUACCCAGAUCUUGAAAACUAAGGAACAGACACUUUGGGACAAUUAUUUUGCUUGUGAUAUUGAAACUACAAUGAAGUAUUAUUGCUUUGCACUUCUUUUGACUGUGCUCAGUACUGACUUGCUAAGAAGUCUCUGUACUACUGUCAAAUCCCCACGGUUCAGAGGACGUGUGCAGCAGGAGCGAAAAAAUAUCAGACCCAACAUUAUUCUCGUACUAACAGAUGACCAAGAUGUGGAGCUUGGGUCCUUGCAGGUGAUGAAUAAGACUAGAAGGAUCAUGGAGAAUGGAGGUGCUACCUUCAUCAAUGCCUUUGUAACCACCCCAAUGUGCUGCCCAUCUCGGUCCUCCAUGCUGACAGGGAAAUACGUUCACAACCACAACAUAUACACCAACAAUGAAAACUGCUCUUCUCCUUCCUGGCAGGCAACACAUGAACCACGUACCUUUGCAGUGUAUCUCAACAACACUGGCUAUCGGACAGCUUUUUUUGGGAAAUACCUCAAUGAAUACAAUGGCAGCUACAUCCCUCCUGGGUGGAGAGAGUGGGUUGGAUUAAUCAAGAACUCUCGCUUCUAUAAUUACACCGUUUGUCACAAUGGCUACAAAGAGAAACAUGGAUUUGAUUAUGCAAAGGACUACUUCACAGACUUAAUCACUAAUGAGAGCAUUAAUUACUUCAAAAUGUCUAAGAGAAUGUAUCCCCAUAGGCCCAUAAUGAUGGUUAUCAGCCAUGCUGCCCCUCAUGGCCCUGAGGAUUCUGCACCACAAUUUUCAGAGCUCUAUCCAAAUGCUUCGCAGCACAUAACUCCAAGCUAUAACUACGCACCAAACAUGGAUAAACACUGGAUCAUGCAGUACACUGGGCCUAUGCUGCCUAUCCACAUGGAAUUUACAAAUGUCUUACAGCGCAAAAGGCUUCAGACAUUGAUGUCAGUUGAUGACUCCAUGGAAAGGUUAUACCAUAUGCUUGUGGAGACGGGAGAACUGGAGAAUACCUACAUCAUUUACACUGCUGACCAUGGUUACCAUAUUGGGCAGUUUGGACUGGUCAAGGGAAAGUCAAUGCCAUAUGACUUUGAUAUUCGAGUUCCUUUCUUUAUUCGUGGGCCAAGUGUAGAGCCGGGAUCAGUAGUGCCUCAGAUAGUGCUGAAUAUUGACCUUGCUCCAACGGUUCUGGAUAUUGCAGGACUUGACGCGCCUCCAGAUAUGGAUGGCAAGUCUGUCCUAAAACUUCUGGACCUCGAAAAGCCAGGAAACAGGUUUCGAACAAACAAGAAGACCAAAAUUUGGCGUGAUACAUUUCUGGUGGAAAGAGGCAAAUUUCUGCGCAAGAAGGAGGAACCCAACAAAAAUGCCCAACAGUCUAACCAUUUACCAAAAUAUGAGAGAGUAAAAGAAUUAUGCCAACAAGCGAGAUACCAGACAGCUUGUGAGCAACCAGGACAGAAGUGGCAGUGCAUUGAGGAUUCUUCUGGCAAGCUUCGAAUUCACAAGUGUAAGGGAUCCAGCGACAUGUUCACCAUCAGAAAGAGAACGCGAAGCAUACACUCCCAGGGAUACAGCAAUAAAGACAAAGAAUGCAUCUGUGCAGAUGCUGAUUACCGAACCAGCAGGACCCAGAGAAAAAAUCAAAGACAGUUCAUGAGAAACCCCAGUGCCCAAAAAUAUAAACCCCGAUUUGUUCAUACUCGCCAAACUCGGUCCUUGUCUGUGGAAUUUGAAGGUGAAAUAUUUGACAUAAACCUGGAGGAGGAGGAACUACAAGUGUCGCAGUCCAAAAGUAUUAGUAAGCGUCAUGACACUGAAAAUGAGGAGGAUUCAGAAGACAGUAAUGAUGGUGGUGAUGGUGAAGAAGAAGAAAUGAUAGCUGAUGGCACCAAUGCUGUUGGCCAACCUGAUUCUGUCAGAGUGACACACAAGUGUUUUAUUCUUCCAAAUGACACCAUUCACUGUGAGAGGGAACUAUACCAAUCAUCCAGAGCCUGGAAGGACCACAAGGCCUACAUUGAUAAGGAGAUUGAAGCUCUCCAAGAUAAAAUUAAGAAUUUAAGGGAAGUGAGAGGACACCUAAAAAGAAGAAAACCUGAUGAAUGUGAUUGUAGCAAACAGAGCUAUUACAACAAAGAGAAAGGGGUGAAGGCCCGAGAGAAACUGAAGAGCCACCUUCAUCCAUUCAAAGAAGCAGCACAGGAGGUGGACAGCAAACUUCAGCUAUUCAAAGAGAACCGCAGGAGAAAGAAGGAGAGAAAGGGAAAGAGGCGCCAGAAGAAAGGAGAGGAAUGCAGCCUUCCUGGACUUACGUGCUUUACCCAUGAUAAUAACCACUGGCAGACAGCACCGUUCUGGAACUUGGGGUCUUUCUGUGCUUGCACAAGUUCAAACAACAACACCUACUGGUGUUUGCGAACAAUUAAUGAGACACACAAUUUUCUCUUCUGUGAGUUUGCAACCGGAUUCUUGGAAUAUUUUGAUAUGAACACUGAUCCCUAUCAGCUGACAAAUACAGUACACACAGUGGAAAGAGGCAUUUUGAAUCAAUUACAUAUACAGCUAAUGGAAUUGAGAAGUUGUCAAGGUUACAAGCAGUGCAAUCCACGACCUAAGGGACUUGAAACAGGGGACAAUUAUGGGAUGGAUGGGAAGGCUAAACUGCCAAAUUUCACCGAGGACAUCGACUGGCAAGGACUGGAAGAUUUAUACAGUGUGAAUGAAAGUUUGUACGAAUACAGAUACAACUAUAGACUUAGUCUGGAUGACUGGACUAAUUACUUGAAGGAUCUAGAUAGAAUGUUUGCACUGCUGAACAGUUACUAUGAGCAAAAUAAAACAGACAAAACUAAAACUGCUCAAAACAAUGGGUACGUGGAUGAAUCACCUAUACCAUUUACCUGGGGGGGCCUGACCUCUGCUGAGUCAGACGAAGACUCAAGUGGUCUGAUUGCAGAAGAGCUGCAGCCUAUCGUGCCAACUGACUUGGCAGCCCUAGCUUUGAGCACUGUAAUUUUAAAUCAAGUGAGGAAACUUGAAUUAAAUAAUGAUAUUCCUGAGAAAAGUAGUUUGAAUUCUGCACACUGGAGAAAUCAACAAGCUGAAAAGUGGUUGGAGAAUAAAGAGUUAGACAGUUUUGAAAUGGAUUUAAGUGGAAACGGUUUGACAGAGCUGGAGUCCAGGCAUAGCUUCAUUCUACAGACAGUUAGCAUUCUUCAGAAAGACUCUCACCAGGACAGUGACCCAGUGGAGGAUAUUUUUGAAGAUCAGAUAUACCUUCCUGUAAGUUCUGAUGAACCCACUGUUCAUCAAGCUGUAAAUGUCUCCACCAGGGAUUCAGCUAUUAGGGCUCAGAAAAUGGAGACUAUGUUGGAAAAGAUGGAACAUAACUUUGAAGGAGAGACUUCACAAAUCCUAAAUGUAGAAGGCAGUGCCUCAUCUCCACUCUCCUUGGAUUAA